AUGUUCGCUAUCGUGCUUUUACUCACAAUUCCACUGCAGGAAGUCAUCGCCAGUACUUGUUCUCUCUUGGAAAAAACCUGUAUCAAAUAUCCAAACACUUGGUGUUGUCCAUUUUAUGAAUAUUGUGGAAGUUACACAGGAUCAUGUCUGUCUUAUACAACAAUAAGAACGACUACUACCACCACUCUGGCACCUUCAUCUUCUUCUGGUUUUCCCAAAAGCACUCUUUUUAUUAUCGUUUUACUUCCGAUCUUUUUCUGUAUUAUUUUUUGCGGAUGUUACGCUAGUUCAAGACAACAACGACAAAAUGCCAGUCAUACCUGGCCGAAUGCAAAUUUUUCCUUUCGACCGUCUCGACAUCGACGACAAUCAUCGCCGAAUCGUAUAAAUCCUGUUAUCGCUCCACCACCGAUUCCAAAUUUUUAUGAAGAUGCCCCACCGUCAUAUGAAACUGCUGUGGCUGACUUAUCUCCUAAGACACCACCACUCACAGCAAACGUCGAUCGAACAAAUCUAUAG